AUGCUGGGUAAUGUUCUGCAUCCCAGAUUAAUCUAUGAUGGAAACUACAUUAUAAAAUGUGAGGAUGGGUAGUAGCUCCAAUACUUAGUCUAUGAAUAUAUUCCGAUGGAUGUAGAAGAAUUCUACUAAAUUCAACUAUCUAUAAAUGAGAUUUAAGCCAAGGAUAAUUGUAUCAAGCAGAUGCUUACGUCAGUAAAAGAAUUUCACAGACUAGGAUUCAUCCAUCAAAAUAUAAAACCCAGCUCAUUUAAAGUUAAAGAUGAACUUCUAUAUUUGCUUGGAAUGUCUAGCUCAAGAAAGAGUACUAAAACCCCUUAUCAAAAUAGCAUUACUGGAAAAAUACCAUCACUCUUAACUUAGUCUAUUUUUGUAGCUAAAGACCUCCCUCCCCUUAAAGGUGAUGAUUUAAUAUCCUGCUUAUAUUCCAUCUUGAUCAUCUUUGAACCUCAAAAUGUGUCUUGGGUAGAUAUUUGUUCCAAAAUCUAAGAUUAGCCAAGUAUUGAGAAGCAAGAAUAGAUUAUAAGAUUGAAAGAGAAUUUAAAUAGUUCAGACUUUGAAGAUUACUAUUGUCAAAUAAUUGUAGCACUCAUAGGCGAACUUUAAGAUCUAAGAUAAUAAGAUGUUUAGAAAUAUUCUGAGGCGUUGAACUUCGAAGGAAUUUAAUCUCGCAUCUUGAAUAUGGAUCAUAGAUCAAAAGUUUAUAUUGAAUAGGAAUAAUCAGGAUCCUAAUAUGAUAAGAAUUAAGGAUUCAGUUUCAAUAGUGCCAAUCAAAAUACGCUUAAAUAAUAAGAUGAAAUCAAUGAAUAUUAAUUGCCUUAUAAUGUUUCAAGUCAAUUACGUACAGACUCAAGCAGAUAAAAACAAAAUAGGAAGUAUUAGUAAUAAUCUGCUUAAAACGUAAGACCAGUAUAAGGAAACUGUUGCCAGAAAUGCACAAUAUUUUGA